AUGUAUAAAACGAAUGGCGACAAGUGGAUUACACGUAGUGAUCGUGACAUAGUGCCAGUUUCGACAGUGCAAGGAUAUGUUCAGAAAGGAUUCUUCUAUAAAUGUCUUCUUAAAGAUAUAUCAGAGGAUGUGGAUGACUUCGGUUUACUUCAUAAACCUACUCGGAUGGCGUUAGCUACACGGAUCCAGAUGUCUAAUUUACCACCUUUGCUAUUACCAGUAGUUGCUGAAGAAUAUGUUCGAGCUCGUAUCUCAUAUGUUGCUGAUUCCAAUAGACUAUUUGUGCAGCUGGAGAAUAAUGCACGAACAAUAAUAAGAAUAAAUGAAGCAGUUAGAAAUCUUGCAAAACAAAAACACAAGCCGUUGUGCAAUCCAGAAUGUGGUACCGUUAUAGGAGCACUAUAUUCACCCGAUCGUUUCUACUAUCGAGCCUCUGUUUGCUCUAAAACAGGCAUUGAUUCUGUGCUUGUUUUUUACAUUGAUUACGGGAAUAUGGCAUCUAUCGACAUCAACGACGCUUUUGUAUUGGAAGAUGCAUAUUUAUUAUCAAUUCCUCCACAGGCUGUACAACUGAUCAUCGAAGAUGUAACGAGACCUCGACUUACUCCGGAACAGAUCAAAAAUUUGCUCACUGAUCAGACUACUGAUGCACAGAUAAAUAGUGUAAGCGAGAAUGGAGAAUCAUUUGUUGCAAAGUUGUUUGUGAAAGAUGAGAAAAACAGAAUUGUUAACCUCACGGAAGUAAUACUCGGUGAAAGACCAGCGCCAACGCUGCCUAUCCCAAAACCGGUUACUACUGACAGUUUUUGGAGUGCUGAGAACGAGUCGGUGGAGUAUACAUGCCAAAAUAAAAACUGGAAGAGAGCUUACGAGAAUAAUUGUAAAGCAGGAAAUUUUUCAAACAAUUUUCGCAGUAACAGCGGCCCCAAUUUUAACGACUACAGCGGUGAGAAUGCUACUAGAACAGGUGAUAGAACAUAUCGUAAUUACGGAGAAGCUGGUCAGUAUUCGAUUUAUCGAAGUGGUUUUGUUAAAGAUGAAAGAGAUAAUGAAAGAUUCAGGCGUAGUAGUAAUUAUACUGGAUCUUCUCGUUCCAGCAAUAGCAGAACUAAAGGGCGUAAUGGUGAUACUAGCUUUCGUUCAGGACUUGCUGAAUCGAUAGGGAGCCGUCAUAUAUCAGAAAGAAGAAAUCAUUCGCCUCGUCCUUUUUUGGACCGUAAUAUUAAUAUUGAUGAUACCUCUGCUGACGUAAGCGGUUGGAAGUCGGGUGAUUGGGUAAUGGCAUCUGAUACAAAUGUGGCAAAAAGUGAACUGGAGUGCUUUUUAAAUGGUGAUUUCAAAAAAAAGGUCCAUACAAAGAAAAAUAUGCAGAACUGGUCUGUGAAUGAAGGUGCAUGGGAAGUAAAUAAUGUUAGUUGCAAACUUGUCAAUAAUGGGGAUCAAAUCGAAAUAUCAAAAAAUGCUACGGUCAAUUCAGGACACGAUGUUUUUAUCGAUGCUGGUAACUGCAGAAGUGCAGAUUCUUAUACCGAAUCGGCUGAAUCUUCUGAAAUUUUGCCGACAAAUGCAUCUGAGGUUGCAGUGUCAUUUGAUUUGAAAGUUGGUGCUGAAGAAGCCGAUGGUGCUAAAACUAUAGCUAAUAAAGAUCUUUCAAACAAUAAGAAAGAGUUGUCAUCAGUUGUACUCAAUCGUAUCGAACCAUCAAACCUUGGUGAAAUUAAAUUCGGUGAUACCGUUGAUGGUCUUCUCUCAGAUAACUUGGAGGAACCUGACCCAUUAUCAUUUUUUGUGCAGUUGAACCGUGACAAGAAUAACAUUGAGCAUUUGAUGUUGUCGGAUACACAACUGCCAGUCAAUCUUCCAAAUCUAUCUUCUUUCGAAAUUUCUCAAGCUUGUGUUGCCCUCUUCAUGGGAGAUUAUUAUCGAGCAGAGAUCAUUGGCGAAGAAAAUAAUAAGAAAAAAAUCCUGUUCGUUGAUUAUGGUAACGUGGAAUAUAUGGAUGCAUCUAUGCUUUAUGUUAUUAAUAAUUCCCUUCCCCAGGAGUUCUACACGUCAAGAAGAAUGGCAUUCCAUUGCCGGUUGCAUGGUGUUAUGCCUGUAGCUUAUAAACACACAUUCGACUCAGACGCUCGGAGAUUAUUCUCGGAAUUAAUCGCUGAUCAGAAGCUACUCAUUUGUUUCUUACAGCAGUCAGUCAAAGGUAUUUAUGAAGUAACGAUUAUGCUCAGUAAUGGACGCAUCGUUUCCGAUAUCCUGAUCUCAAGAGGUUUCGCAGUUCCAUUCAAAUGGGGCAUUGGACCAUCGUUUCCACUUUAUGAAACAUUGCACAUUCUUCGAUCCGACGAACUUGAUCAUGUUCAUCCUGUAUUUACUGUUCAGUUAUCAGAUAGCCUUCCACAGCUUGAGCGGUUAAACAACGAAUAUGUGGAUAGCAAAAAAAUAAUGGAAGCACCACAAAUUGGUGAUGUUGUUAUUUCAUACUUCGAAGAAUCACCGUAUCGAGCAGAAAUCAUUGCCAUUGAAAUUGACAAUGGUAAUACAGUAUAUCGUGUGCGUUAUGUUGAUUAUGGGAAUGAAAGCAUAUGCAGUAAAGAAGAAUUAUUCGAGUUGGAUAGGGAUCAGCAACCUGAUGAAAUAAUUUAUACUCCUCGACAAGGUUUCCGAUGCCUAAUUGAUGGUGUACGACCUUUAAGUUGUAAGGCAGAGUGGUCUGAAGAAGUACAGAAAUGCAUCGACAAUUUGUUAGCUCCUUCCGCUUCAUUUGAAGCUGUUGCUGGUAGUCCAAGUGUAGAUGGAGUUUAUCCUAUUAGGAUCAUGGUACUCAAAAAUCAACUGAAUGAAAAAAGUGACAUCGGAAAUGGUGAAACUGAUAACGCAAAUGAUAAAGUUGAACUGGCAAGCUGGUUGAUUUCAAAGGGUUAUGCAGAAAUGCAGAAUAUUUGGCGAGACUAUCCAGUGAAGAAUUUGUUAUCCGAUGGGGAACAUGAAUAUGAAAUGUUCAUCACAGAAGUCGAUGGACAGAUCAUUCGUGCACGGCCAUAUGUUUUUGUUGAACAAUAUAAUAAAAUGAAGAAGGCACUUGCUAACAUUGAAGCAGUUCCUCUUCUGACUAAUGUAGCUACUGGUUUAAUUUCUUUGAACAACGAAAAUAAACGUGCAGUGUUGAUCUCCUCAACGAAUAAUGAGACGUCGACGAAGUAUUUAUUGGUUGAUGAAGGUAUUUCUAUUGAAAGAACAUCCAUACAAUUUUCUGGCACUGAUAAAUUAUGUGAUUCUGACGGAUUUUUGGUACGAACAUGCCAUCGUUUGUCAGUGCAGCUUAGGCUCACUGACAUUUUGCUUGAUAAGAAAUCCAGAGAAAUGAUAAUGAGUAGUGCAGCAAGUGGACCAGCUAAAGUCAUUCUUGUUGAGUACAGUGGUGAUAAUUGCUAUCAAAUAACUGAUAUUUUAUUCUCUGAUGGCACAACUUUAUUAGAGAAACUCAAAGAAACAAUUGUUGAAAAAGAAUCACCAGAUUUUGUUACUAGUAAUUUUGAAGAAGCUGGGACAAGUUUAAAUGAAGACAAAAAAGCAGCAGAUUCGAGACUACUAAUUAAUGAAGCGGAGCGAAUUGAAUGCGGGGAAAUUUUGAUCGCUAAUGAGAAUCCUAAUUGGACAUCUGAGCCUUCGGAAAUGUCAAAUGGUAUUUUCGACGGUAUGCAUGAAGAAGAUAGAACAAUCGAACCUGAAAUUAUUUCUUUUCUAAAUUCACUGUUAGCACGGUUUUAA